AUGGCAGAAAAGGAAAAACACGAGGACUCACCUCAACCUCCCAACGAUAUUCUGGAUAUGAAUGUCCUGGAUGACCCAGAUAUGCCAUUGAAUUGGCCAAAGUCGAAAAGAUGGAUCAAUAUCAUGAUAGUAUCUAUUCUGACACUCUUAACCCCCUUUGCAUCGUCCAUGAUCGCACCAGCAAUCCAACCCAUCAUGGACGAAAUGCACGAAACGAAUCCCAACAUAGGUUCAUUCAUGGUAUCAAUCUACCUCCUAGGCUACGCCUUCGGUCCUCUCUUCCUCGCCCCGCUGAGCGAGAUCUACGGCCGACUCCCCGUAUACCGCAUCUGCAUGAUCGUCUUCCUCCUUACAAACAUCGCAUGCGCUCUGUCCAUCAACAUGCCUAUGCUUAUAAUCUUCCGUCUCCUGACGGGACUGGCCGGCGCGUGUCCGUUGACUAUUGGACCUGCGAGCGUUGCAGACUGUUUCUCUCAGGAGGAGCGAGGUCGCGCGAUGGCUAUUUGGAAUAUGCCUGUGUUGCUGGGUCCGAGUCUCGGGCCUGCUGUGGGUGCGUAUGUCUCGAGAGGUCUGGGUUGGAGAUGGAACUUUUGGCUGCUUAUUAUAAUGACUGGGACUGUGCUUGUUAUCUGCGCCUUCGUCCAAAAAGAGACUCACGCUCCAACCCUUCAGAGAAAGAAACUCAGGAAAUUGCAAAAGGAGCGUGACACCGAAGACUUGCCAGUCGCAACGCCGCACAGCCAACUCAUCAAGAGAAGCCUGGCCCGCCCAUUGAAGAUGCUUUUCUUCUCGCCAAUUAUCUUCGGCCUCUCAUUCCUGACCGCAAUCGCCUACGGAACUCUAUACCUUUUAUUCACGACGGUCUCCGAAACCUUCAAAAAGAAAUAUGGCAUAGUCACCAACGUCGGUCUUAUCUAUCUCGGCUUCGGAUGCGGUCAAAUUGUCGGACUUAUACUCUUCGGCAUGGUCUCAGAUCCAAUCCUGAGAAGAAUGGCCCGAGGCGGCGAACUCAAACCUGAGUACCGUCUCCCCCUCAUGAUACCGUGCAGUGCGAUAAUUCCAAUCGGGCUUUUGGUAUAUGGAUGGACAACAGAGUAUGGAGUCUUUUGGUUUGUGCCUGUCAUUGGAACGUUUAUGAUUGGGUUUGGGAUGAUCACAGUGUUUACUUCUGUGAGCACUUAUUUGGUAGACGCUUUCCCGACUUAUGCUGCUAGUGCUACUGCGGCGAACACUGUACUUAGAAGUAUUGGAGGUGCACUUUUGCCUCUUGCUGGUCCAAAGAUGUUUGAUGCCAUCGGCCAGGGAUGGGGGAAUACAUUGCUUGCGGGUGUAUCGUUGGCUAUGAUCAGCAUGAUUGUUAUAUCUUAUAGAUAUGGGGAGCGCCUAAGAACCGGGGCAAAGUAUCAGCUAGACUAA